AUGGGCUUCAGGGUAUCAGGUCCCAAUUGGAUCCAUGGCACAGAUAACAACCCUAUCUUUAGCUUGGCUAAGUCCAGCGGCACCUCUCUGUGUGCUGUUGCGGACACUACACAUGUCUUUGGGACCAGUGGUGACAUAAUCCCGAAGGACCUUGCCGACACAGGACUCGAUACGGUCUGGUCUCUAAUUGAAGAGGCUUUCAAAUACAGCAACAGCGACUGUGCAAACAUCAAUCCGGAGCGGAGCCUAAAAGACUUUUUUGGUCAGCAGCUCGCCGAAGGAAAGCUUACACAGGACGAGCAAGCCCGGGUUCUACUACUAGCAGAGAUGUGGGGUUCCUUCAUAGGAGACUCAUGGGAGCGACAAAGCCUCAAGUGGUUUUGGCUUGAGGAAUGCCUCGACGGCGAGAAUCUCUACGUUAUGGAGAAUCAUAAUAACAUUCUCCAGGGUGUCGCGGCGAAAUCCAUCGCCCAGGCGGAAAUCCAUCUAUCCGCUGUGGUCAGCAGCGUUGACAGUACAUCAUCCGAGUCUCAGGAUACUAGAGUCGUGGUCAAAACAUUAGAUGACGUUUUUGAAUUUGACGAAGUGGUGGUAGCAGUUCCUUUGGGCUGUCUUAAGACUGGGAAACCGUCUUUCGUUCCUCCUUUGCCAGAGUGCAUUCAGAUGGCAAUCAAGAAUGCCUCCUACAGCAGUCUAGAGAAGGUUUAUCUUACCUUUCCCGUCGCAUUCUGGGAUGAGAAUAUAGCAGCAAAUGGUGGUCAGCAACCGUAUAGCACGCCAUACCUCGAAGAAAGCCAGGUAAACCGGGAGGUAGACGGCAGCUUUCCCAGCUUCAUUCACUUUCUCAACCCUGAGUACGUCCCCGCCGAUCAGAAACACUGGCCCAUCGAGAUGGUUCCUUUGUCCUCGCCGGCAGUGUUCGGAUCUCAUGCCAUGCCGACCCUCCUUAUAUACACGUACGAUCCGUGUGCGGAGUAUGUCCUAUCUCUUAUCCAGGGCCUUGCUCCCGACAGCGCCGAAUACUUCGAUGUUCUUGACCGAUUCUUCCAGCCUUACUACAGUCGGCUUCCGAACUAUAAAACUGGUCACGAGAACUGUGUGCCCUCGACCAUUCUCGCCACAAAUUGGCACGGUGACGAAUUCGCAGGGAAUGGAUCUUACACCAACUUCCAAGUCAGCGAGAGCACCUUCAAUCCUGCAACAGAGACACAGGACGACACUCGGGCGGACGAGAGCAAAGAGGACCAACAGAUCCAUUUAGAUCUCGACGUCCAAGCCAUGAGAGCUGGCAUGCCUGAACGAGGCAUUUGGUUUGCCGGCGAGCACACCGCACCUUUCGUUGCCUUGGGGACCACAACUGGCGCGUACUGGAGUGGCGAAGCGGCUGCUCUACGUGUCCUGGCUGCGAAUGGGCUUGCAACAGGGGUUACUGCACCUUGCAAUGAGGCAGCUUCUUGA